AUGAGUGGCAAAGAAGAAAAGGAGGAAAGUUUGAGCUCGGUAAACUCUUACGGACGAAGAACAUGGAACCGCGAUGCCUAUGCAAAACUAGCACAACAGAAGAAAAGCCGACCUGUUAGACCCGAUGAGACCUCCAAGAAAGAUAUCACCCAGCGGAAGGUAAAUAUUGAUUUUGACGCUAACAUCAAUAAGGUCCAGCUAGUAGAUCAGUCGGCGUCUGUGUCGAUACACAAAGGGAAAAGCUCGGGGUUUUAUUGUGAGAUUUGUAACUUGACCUUCAAGGAUAAUUUGAGUUUUUUAAAUCAUAUCAAUUCUCCAAAACAUUUAGAGAAUUCAGAAUUCAAAACCAGAAAUUUGAACAAGAACAUUACAUUAGAAGACAUAAGGAAGAAGCUAAAAUCGGUACACGACGCAAAAUUGCGACAGAAGGAGAAUGAGAAUGAUUUGGAAGUAUUCAAUUUAAAGAGAAGGAUUGAAAAUAGGAAAAUAUUCGAAGAUCAUGAAGCUGAAAGAAAGCGACAAAAGAAGAAAGAAAAAAAGACUCGUAAGUAUGAAACGAAAAUAAAUGAGGAGAAAAGCAAUUCCGUUUCUGCAACCAACAAUGAAAUGAUGGAGGCCAUGGGGUUUUCCAGUUUUGGAACUUCAAAAAAAUGA